GCUUGUUCCAACAACGAGAUGUUCAAUGCGUACUUAUAUUAGCAGUUGUCAGCCAAAAUCCCCGAAAUCUUUGUUUGAUAAUGGCCGCGCGCGGUAUAGAAGCAUCGCCAGGCGCAACACCUGCUUUUCUUCCAAGCCAGGGUCGAUCCGAAAAAAGUGCACCAGCUAGGGUUUCUGCUGUUGCCGCCCUGCUGUCUCACUUACGACGGCAAGCUAUCUCAACACGCCAGGCUGUGAGAUGUCGUUCGAUAACUCAGAGCCGGACAGAGUGGAUGGCGAUUCAUCCAUAUUUGCCCAUCCACAGGGCGGCCCUCCCCGACUGGACCCGAACGACGUGCUUGCCAAACUCGGCGACGAGCUAGCAGACGUCGCGCUCCCAAUUUUCGCACUCGAGGCCCCAUCACGGGGCUGCCCUUCUCCUUCGCCCCUCGGCUACGCCUGCCCCUUUUUCAUCCAGAACCCCUCGGCACACUCGCGUUGCCUGAGGAGCGAUUUGCAGGGGAUGCUCUCGGUCAAAAGACAUCUCUGGGCCAGCCACAGGCGCCCGUACAGCUGCCCGAUCUGCGGUUCCCUCUUCAACACCGUCGCCGGCCGAGACAGCCAUAUCUGGGCCGACACUUGCGACGCGCUCCCCGAAGGCUCCGAGAGAGUGCCCGCAUCUGUGUCAGCCGACCAACUCGCCAAGUUAGCAUGGCUAGAUGACGCCGGGCUUUUGAUCGACCAACAGUGGUUAGCCGUCUGGGAAAUUGUUUUCCCAGGGCUUGCAACACCGGCGGCAGGGCCGAUGCUACCCAGCGAUCACGGAAGUGUCAAAGACGUGAGCUCACUGAGGACCUUCUGGGGCACUCGGGGGCAGGGUAUCACGAAUGACUUCGUCGGGUCAAAAGCGGCUCUCGCCAAUGGCCGUGGUUCAGCAUGGGAAGAACGGGAUACAACGAUGUUGCGGGCGGUGGCACUUGACCGGAUGAUCGAUAGGCUUAUCACGCACCCUUGACUGGCCAGGUCUGAUAGAACUAAUUACUUAUGGAAUCUUGGGAAUCACUGAGCGGCGGAUGAUUUAAUAGUGCUAAGAAUACUACCGUCAGGCAAUCCUCUAACUUGAUAUUAGUGAACUAGAGU